AUGCAUUAGUUUUAGAGUGUUCAAUUGAGAUUUAUGUCGAUGGAAAACAAACCUUAGGAGUCUAAUGAUUAAAACAAAAAUAAAGAUUAUGAAAAGAGUUUCGAAGAUCUCUUAGGGAAGUAGAAGGUAUCAGAGGAGGAAUUAAGACUUAGAGAUGAAUUAUUGAAAUAGAAAGAGGAGUAAGAAAAGGCAGCUAAGAUUAAGUAUCAAUCUGAUAAAGCAUAAUUCGAGCAGAAAAAGCAGUAGGAGUUUGAGGAUUUAUUGUCAGGAAAGAAGAAGGCGACUGAUGAUAUGACCCUGGGCGAGUUAUUCAAGAACUUCUAUGGAAAAGUCAAAGAAGUAGACACUACACAUUAUGUGAAUAGCGCUAAAUCAUCGCUGAAUUCUUUCUCAGCUAAAUUAGAAUAAAGAAGAUAGGAUGCAUUAAAAGCCAAAGAGGAAAAAUAAAAAUAAGAGGCUGAGUAAAAAGCUCAUGAUGAAUAGUUGAAUAAUGAAAAGAAAAAAGAAGAAGCAGCUUAGAAAGCUCAAGAAGUUAAAUAAGAAGAAGUAAAGGAAUAAUAGAGAUAGGAAGAGCAAGUACAAAAGUAAUAGGCUCAUGAGGAAUAGGUAAAAGAGAAAAAGGUUGAGGAAUAAUAGCCAAAAGAAGCAGAGCAAUAAUAGUAAUAACAGGCUUAAGAAUAGUAAUCAUAGGAGAAAUAAGAGGAUUAAAAAUAGGAGUAGGAAUAAGAAAAGAAAGAAGAAUAAGAAUAGGAAUAAAAAGAGGAAGUUAAGAGAGAUCCUCUUCAUCGUAGAAUUAGACAAGGUAUUUCUGAAAAGGCAAAUAAUGUCAGUGAAAAGAUAGAAUCCAAAUUCCCUAAAGCUCAUGCCGUUACUAAAAAAUCUGUUCUCUAUAUAGCUCAAGUGUGGGAAGAGACUUUCCCAGAUGAAUAAAAUAAAAUAAAAAAGAAGAUGAUGUAAAGAAAGACAUCUGCUGCAGAGAGAGAACAACUUGAAAAAAGACUGAAAGAGUUGGAGGAGUUAUAAGCAAAUGGCGAAGGUGAAUUCGAUGAAAACGACGUCCCUGAUUGGAAAAAAGGUGCUUUGGUUGUAUCAGACUAGUAGGAGCCAGAAGAAAAGAAAGGUUUCAUUAGAUCAUAAGCAGAUAAGUUAAAAUCAAGGAUUGCUUAGACUGAUAUGGCUAAAUCCAUCGCUGAAAGUGAAUAAUACAAGUCAAUUAAGCAUAUCUAAAAUCAAUACAAAGAAUUCUAAUAAGCCUUGAAGGAACAAGUGGAGGAAACCCAAAAUCCAUUUGUGCAGGGAACUAGACGUAUAGCUGACGUAGUUACAUCUGAGAGCAGUUGCGCUAGAGCAAUUCAGGAGAUGCAAAAAUACGACAAGACAUUUGAUCUUUAGGAUUUGAACAUUGAAUUCUAAGAAAUAUUUAAGGAAUUUUUCUGCAACUACCUCUCUGGCAAUGUAGAAUAUCUCGAAAAAGUAUGCGGUGGUCCUGGUCUAGCAAUCACAAAGAGUGAAUGCAAAAGAAGAGAAGCAGAGGGAUGGAAGUACAGAUACACCGAUGUCUUAGACUGUGGUGCUGUAAAUUUCCUUGGAGGGACUGUACAAGAAAGAGGUAUUCCUCAAUUUACAUUCACUAUUAUGGUCCAAGAGAUUGAUUGUAAAGUUGACGUCAAAGACGAGAAUAAAAUAAAGGAUGGAGAUGAUAAUAGAAUUCUAUCAGCUACUUAUAGAGUAGCUUUGGCAAGACAUGAUGAACCCGAUCUAGCACUAACGGGUCAUUAUUGGGAGAUUGUUGAAUUCAACAAAGUUGGUGAACUAUAGCAAAUUGUAUGA